GAGAGAGACAGAUGUUCUGGUCAUGAGAUAACAUUUUCAGGAGUAUUACAUAAGAAUAGGGGACCCAUAGAGUAGUAAAGGAAACAAGGAGAGUUUUUCUGCAGUUGAAUUGUCAUGAUGUCUAGAUCCACAGCUCUGCUCUUCCUCAUCCUGCUGAGUCUUCUAACUUCCACAGCAGUCUGUCUCACCUGCUACAACUGUGUGUUUCCGAUUGUCUCUCCACUUGACUGCCAGCCGUACCCCAAGAAAUGUGCUGUAGGUGAACGCUGCCUGUACAGCACUGCCACAGCCAAGAUGGAUUCGAAGCAGUAUGUGCUAAUAGAAAAGAGCUGUGCUACACCAUCUGCGUGUGGUGUUACCAGAGAGAAACGUGUUGCAGGACUCGUCUUCACCUUCACUACACGCUGCUGUGACACUGACCUGUGUAACUCUGCCUCCAUGUCCACAUAUGCUGCCCCCUGUUGGAGCCGAACGGCACUGAGCCUCGUCUGCAUGGCACUCAUAAGCCUGCUGGCCUCAGAGUGAAACCACACACACACACACACACUAAGCUAUUACCCAAUGGUUCAUGGUUCACUAAUGCUCAUUUAUGGUUUCCA